CCGGCCCAGGCUUGGCCUUCUGCGGAGAUUCUUCAGUCCCAACGCGAGGCACCCUUUGCAACAUGAGUUAUUCAGGUUUUCUCGCGUCCACUCAGCGCUCGCAAUUCACUCACCUCAUCUUUCUCUUUCUCUUCUUCAACUUCUCUGCUCAACUACCUUCAACAGUUUCUUCUCGCCGACUUCUCGCCAGUCGACCACCCCCAGCUUCGGCACCUCACACUCGUUUAUCGCUCACACCAACGACAUUCGCUAGAUUCACCGACCACAAGUACGUUCUUUGCCGCUGUCUCAUUCUUCCCAGUAACUGACAUCUCGACAACACAAGUGCCGCACCUCUUCGGCUUUCAGUCUAUCACAAAAAGACGUCUCUCGCAUAUCCCAGACGUACCCCACACACAAACCACACACUCUUUUCGCCCACCCUUCGGCUGGAAUUUCAGACGAUCAGAUCCUUCGGACAACCCACCCUUCAUCACAUAAUAGAUCUAUAAAAUGCUCUUCUCCGCCCUCUUCACCCUCGCUCUCGCUCUUCCUGCCUUCUCUGCUCCUGUAGAGAAGGCUGUCGCCCUUGAGAAGAGGAGAACCACCUACAGUGGCCAAGCUACCUUCUAUGACGUCGGCCUCGGUGCUUGUGGUGGGACCAACGUCGCUACCGACUACAUCGUCGCUUUGAACACUGCCCAGUACGGCUCCGGCUACCCCGGUCCCCACUGUGGCAAGGCCAUUACCAUUUCAUACGGCGGUAAGGAGGUCGGUGCGACCAUCGAAGAUGAAUGCCCCACAUGUGCCUAUGGCGCUUUGGACAUGAGUACCUCUUUGUUCUUGAACUUUGCCACGGAGGAUGAUGGUGUCUUCCAGAUGACUUGGUGGUACGACGACGACGACUCUAGCGAGGAAACCACCACUUCUUCCAAGACGACCUCGACAUAUGUUGCCCCUACCUCGACUUACACCCCUGCCACUUCUACCUACACCCCUUCUACGUCCACCUACACCCCUCCCACUUCUACCUACACCCCUCCCACUUCCACAUACACUCCUCCCACUUCCACCUACACUCCCCCUACCUCAACUUCCACUUACACUCCCCCCACUUCCACAUAUGUGGCGCCCUCUUCAUCCUCCUCCCAGUCGUCUUCGAGCUCUGUCGAACCCUCUACCUCUCCUAGCUCCGUUCCCAGCACCAUCUCUUCCAGCGCUGCUGCCUCUUCAUCCGCGGCUUCAUCUGCUGCCUCGUCUAUCGUCUCCACCUCCUCCUUCGCCGAUGUUGUCGUCGUUCAGACCAACGCUACCGUCGCCUCCUCCACGAGCGUCAGCUCCACUCGAUCUGGUUCCGCCUCUGCCUCUGCUACCGCCUCCGCCGCUCUUGAAUCUUCAGUGAGCGAACUGGCUGCGUUCGGCAACUUGGUCACCCUCAAUCAAGCUGUGGUCAACCUCGGCCGCAUCUUGGUCGUCGGCGCCCAAGAGUAAUGUGCGUUUACAAGAAACUGAACGGACAGUGUAUCAUCAUUUCUUUUCUUUUUUGGGGAGGCUCUUCUCGCCAUGGUUCUCUUUGCUUUUCUCUUUGUGAUGUAUACCGAAGGGUUAUAAUUGAUUUAUAUUCUUUGCUUUGCUUGGUUCAAAGCUAUAUACCCACUCACUAUCAUGUUCAACCUAUAACAGAGUCUCAAAUCAUCUUGUGUCUAUAAUCUUUCCUACCCAUCUCUGUGCUGUAGAAUCAGUACUUUGCAAUCAACUAUCAAUCAACAUGAAUCAUUUGAAACCGUA